AUGUGCAUCGUACUUCUCACCACUUCACAUCCCGAUUAUGCAUUAAUCGCCAUCGAUAAUCGUGAUGAGUUCAUUCUCAGACCUACAUCGCGACCACAUUGGUGGACGCACAGCACAUCUGGCCGACCAGUCUUGUCAUCCCGGGAUCUUCAACGAGCAGAGAAGGGAACAUGGAUGGGACUAAGCAAAGACGGUCAUAUGGCUGUACUUACCAAUUACCGAGAAACCGACAUUAAGGACCAGAAUCAUCCUAUUCAUGCUGCCAAAAGCAGAGGCGGUAUGGUUACUGCCUGGCUGGGAACGCCGCCUGAGGAGAGUCUCAAGGAUAGCGUGCACAAACUUGUUGAGAAUGACGGCGUUAAAGGCGUCGGGGGAUUCUCCAUGGUUUGCGGCAAGUUGAGGAGAAAGACUCCUGGGAUCGCUAUCAUUAGCAAUAGAGCAGGCAAUGUCGAUGAGGUGCCUAUCAUUGCUAAAGAGCGUGGUGAGAUGUGGGGGUUGAGUAACACGGCAUUCGAUGCGACAGGGAAGGAGGACGAAUGGGCAAAGAUCUCUAUUGGAAAGAAGCUGUUCCGCGAAGCUAUCGACAACGCAGUGUCCAGCAACUCGAGCCAAAAUGAUCUCAUUGCCAAUCUUUUGGAUGUCCUAAGCACCGACACACUACCAAGGAACGAAAACGCCAGUCUGGUCGAGUAUAUCAACGAGCUCAAGAAGAGCGUCUUCAUCCCAUUGAUCGGAGACGAGAAACAUAGAAAGGCAAUGGAAGCAGCCAUGGCGAAAGGACCUGGCCAAUGGGCGACGGAUGAUCAAGCAGCAGCCGAAGAGCUCAUGUCAGAAGGACGACCAGAUCCAAGCACAACACCCAUCAUGGGCUUCGAGACGGGCAUGUAUGGAACGCAGCGACAGACGGUGGUGCUGGUCGAUUGGGAAGGUAACGUCACGAUGGUCGAGAGGGCGCUUUGGGACGGCAAUGGCAAUGCGGUGCCGAAAGGAGAGGGAGACUUGAAGUUUGAAUUUGCGAUUAAUGGGUGGGACGAUGAGUUCUGUAACGGAAGCAACGGAGUAAACGGAGAGAGCAAUGGGCAUCUUUAG